CACAGAAGUGUCGAGUAACGAGUUUUGAUGCUUCGACUUGCACUGUGACAUUUAUUUGAAAGCAUUCAAACAUUUUAAUCAUCAACUUUUCAAAGAAACAAACACGACAGAAGAGAAAACUAUCAUUGAAAGGAAAAGGAAAUCAUGCAAAGAUCAAUAUCAGUGAAUCAUAGACUACCACAAGUGAAAAAUAAAACGAUUCAUAUUCAAAAACAAUCAAAUCAUCGAUUCAUCUUAAAUCAAUUUAAUAAAAUCGGUUUACUCUUUUCAAUCUUUUCAGCUUUAUUGAUUGGAUUUUAUUAUUGGAUUGAUCCAAUCAAGUCUCGAUGGUAUAUCUUUGAUCCAAGUCAAAUCCAUCAACUCGCUCAAGAAGCAAUUGAGCUUUACCCGAAUUCGACCAGUGGUGUGAUUCAUCAUAUAGCCACUACUCUUCAAACUCAACAUUCAUCUCGUCAUAUAACGGUCGAUCCAUUCCCCUUAGGAGCUUUUAGUUCAGAAUCUGAACAUCCUGAUUGGCUUUUCAAUAAUGCAGGUGGAGCCAUGGGAUCGAUGUAUGUCUUACACGCUUCGAUCACUGAGUAUUUGAUUAUCUUUGGAACUUCGGUCGGUACUGAAGGUCAUACUGGGAGACAUACUGCAGAUGAUUACUUUCAUAUUAUUGAAGGUGAACAAUGGAUCAUGAAAGCUAAUUCAUUAAAAGCUGAGAAAUAUUUUAAAGGAUCUGUGAAUUAUCUUCCAAGAGGUGAAGUUAGACAAUAUAAGAUGCCAGAAGGAUGUUGGGCAUUAGAACUUGCACAAGGUUGGAUUCCACCGAUGAUGCCUUUUGGAUUUGCCGAUGGUUUCUUUUCGACUCUUGACUUUAUCACACUCUGGCAUACUACCCGUAUAACGGGUCGUGAGAUGUUGAGAAACUUGAUGGUUGGAAAGAUUUAAAAAGGAUUCGUAUCACAAUAUAUCUGGAAAAAAGACCAAUCUUAAGAAGACAAAAAGAUUCAAAAGAAAAUAUGUUCGUUCAAGGAUUCAAGUUUGAAUGAUAUAUCUUUACCAAUUCUUGCAUAAAUAUGGAUGAGUAAUUAAGGGUUAGAUUUGAGGAAGCACGUUCGUUGAGAUGGAUUCGUCUACUGGAGACUGUCAUGGAUUUAACACAAACUUGAUCAUCUAUUCAAUCAGCCAUAGCAUAUCUGAUAUCUUUAAUAUCCUACAAUUCACUCGUCAUAGUCAUGCUCACUUGAACUUGUAGAUCUUUAAUUUUGAAUGUUGUUGUUUUCAGAGUCCCUCUUGAUUUCUUGCAUUAUAUUUUGCUUGCUACAAAAAGAAUGCGUGGGAAUGGAAAGCACGAUA